AUGACUGCAACUUCUCAGGAACGACCGGUGGACAUUGAGUCAUUGGUGAAGCUUUGUAUGGCUCAGGGAGGGGAGUUUUGGGAUAAAGUGAAAUACUUAGUGAGACCCCGCCACCUCCAAUUUGGAACUAAAGAGACUCAGGAGGCAUGGACAGUAACUCAAGGAUCACUGGUAUGGAUUGAAGACGCGGGAGUCUAUUUAGUUGUGCUGAAACUUGUGUAUAAGAGAGACCCAUACUCAGUACCAACACCACUGUUUUCAGUACUUGUGGCUCAAGUGUAUGAUAAACUUGAAAACAAGGCGAUUACAAAGAAUAUUACCCUUAAUGGAAACACCGUUAAAUUCCCGAAAAUGCUCGAGGUGCCGGUAUUUGUUCCUCCUCGUAUCGAGUGGUACCUUGGAGUCGAUGCCUUCCAUUUACUCCAUUUACCUCUGGGAGAAGUGAUUUUGGUGUACUCCACUAAAUUCAACUAUAUGGAAGCGAAACACUUUGCCAUAACUCUAGACGGUGCUAAGCGGUGGUCGUUCCAUUGUACUGGAUACGAUGAUAACGAAUGGACUCCGAUAACUCCAAUUACCAAAGACUAUGUUUCAUUUGUUAGUUCUUGGGACCCGUUUACGGUAAUUAGGUGUCCGUUGACGGAGCUGGCUCCAUGUACGGUGGUUAGCUCCUCUAAUCAGGUCUCAACCAAGUUUAAAGGAUCUCUGCCAUUUAUCCCUUUGAGCGAUAAUAAGUGGCUAGGAUUCGGUACUUCGUGGUGUGCUGAUUGUGGCUGUGGCACUGAAACACUAAGACCUCACAUGGUAACCAUUUCCGAAACCAAUGGACAGUUUAGGGUUGAUGGUGUGCUGCUGCCCUUACAAUUAGGGAUAGCCAUGAAAGGGUCCAAUCGCAGUGAUCCCCAUGACAUCUGUGGCACUAUGGGUUCCCAUUUAACCGUUACCAAUAUCGUACAAUCCAAUGACCAAGGGUUGAUGGUAGAUUAUGAUAUUGGAGGAUAUAGUCCCGGAGUCGCCGUCAUCGACAUCGAUACCUCUCUAAUACCAUCAGCUGAUGACUUUCAAGAGAAAGGAGACAUCCUUCAAUGUGCUGAGUCGCUGCUUUUGACAUUCACAAAGCAAUUUGGUGAUUUGGUUGAGUCUCAAUUAAACUUAAACGGUCAGCUGUGGAAGCUUCCAUACCAACAACGGAAAGAAGCUGAGGCCAAAGAAACACUCCGAAAACAACAAGUGGCAGCAGCCCGACAAUACCAAGAGUUCUUAGAAGCAGAGGAGGAGGCCCGGCGCCGGUUGGAGGCCGAGAUGAGGUGGCACGAGGCCCAGCGCUACCAAACCUACAAUUAA